AUGGUCCUCAAAGGCAUCUCCCCCGUCAUCUCCCCCGAUCUACUCAAGAUCCUGUGCGAGAUGGGCCACGGCGACGAGAUUGUCCUCGCCGAUGCACACUUCCCCUCUCAUUCCAUUUGUCCGGCCAACAUCCCCGUCGUUCGAGCGGACGGCAUCACCGUCUCCAAACUCCUAGCAGGUAUCUCGCCUCUCUUCGAGCUGGACAACUACGGCGUCGUCCCAGUCAUCAUGAUGGAAGUCGUCAAGGGCGACACUGCUGAUGCGAGUGUGGAAAGCGACUUCAGGGCAGCGCUUGAGUACGAUGGCAAGAUCGAGAAGCUCGAGAGGUUUGCGUUCUAUGAGAGAGCGAAGGGGGUCUUUGCGGUUGUUGCUACUGGCGAGACGAGGAAGUAUGGGAAUGUUAUACUGAAGAAGGGGGUUAUUCCGAUUGCAUAG